AAGUUUGGGGCCGCGGGUCCAGGCUCCUCCCCCGGCUUGGGAGCAGCAAGCAAGGGCGCGGAGGCUUAGAGCUGGCGGGCAGCGGGAUGCGGUGGGUCACCCGCCAGAGCCCUCAUGGCCUGCACAAGCGAUGCACGACUGCAGCUGGGCCGGGAGGCGCUGCAGGCGGCGCCCACGUUGCUGGUCCCCGCGGUGCUACUAGGCGCCGCACUCGGCCUGGGCCUUGGCCUGUGGCUAGGCUGCCGCCCCAGCCGCCUGCGUCCGCGCCUCCAGAAAGAUGACACUCAACGUCUGCUCAGGAGUUCAGAGCCCAAUGCACAGAGCCUGCCAGAUACUGGCUCCCAGGUCAGGAGGCGCCAGAGAGAAACGACAACUUCCCGGGAUGAGGAUGCUCCUGAGGAGUAUGAGGCAUCCUUGAGCGGCAACAUCACGGCAUUUGCACUGAAAGCCAGGGUUGUCUAUCCCAUCAACCAGAAGUUCCGGCCCCUGGCUGAUGGAUCCUCCCACCCGUCGCUGCAUGAAAACCUGACCCAGGCAGCAGCCAUCCUGCCACACCUACCCCACCAGCCAGCAGAGGCGUCACCGGCCAGCAGCUUGGGCAGCCUGAGCCAGCCUGGCAAGGAGGACGGCAGCUCCUCCUCCAGCACGCACUCAGCCUACAGUGACGACAGGCUCCUCCAGUGUGCCUUCCUCCGGGUGGGCAGCUUCCCCGAGGUUCUGGCCUGUGAGAGUGCGGAUAUUGACCUGUGUGUUGGCAGCCUUCACCUGAAAGACCUGCUUCGGGUAGACACAGCACUGAGACAGGAGAAGCACCUGAUGUUCAUCCAGAUUCUUAGAGCAUGCCUCCUGGACCUUUUUCCUAAAAAGAAGCCCGAUGAUGAAUUAUACCAGAAGAUCCUUUCAAAACAAGAGCAUGAUUUGGAGGAGUUAGAAAAGGGACUUCAGGCCAGAUUGGCGAACACAGAAAUGUUGGGCAUCGGUGACUCUGGCUACGUCUCCCUGGCAGAUGUGGAGAGGAAGGAGAGAGAGCUCUCGGAACAACUCAUCGACAAUAUGGGAGCUUUCUGGAAGCAGAUGGAAAGCAUCCAACCCAUUCUCGUGGACCAGUUUAAAUGUUCCAGCUCCAAGGCACGGCAACUCAUGAUGACUCUGACAGGACGAAUGAUUGCCGCUGAAGGGAUGCUGCGUGAUUCUCAGGACCUGCAGGCCCUGGACGCCCUUGAGAGAACAAUGGGUCGAGCCCACAUGGCAAGAAUGGUAGAGUUCCUGAGGACCCAGAUCCAGGAGGAGACAAAGUGUCGGCUAGCUGCCAUCUCCCAUGGCCUGGAACUGCUGACUAUCCAGGGACAACUGUCUGGGAGACAGAAGGAGGAACUUCUGACCCAGCAGCACAAGGCCUUCUGGGAGGAGGCAGAAUGCUUUGGCAAGGAAUUCAUGCAGCGGGGCAAAGACCUGGUUCAGGCAUCGCUGGCUCGUCUGGCAGAGGUGACGUCAGAGCUCACACACCUCCAGGAAGAAGAGCGGAAAAGUUUCCUGACUGAUUCCCAGCUGACCUCAGACCCGGGGGAGUUCCUCAAGGCUUUUCAUGAGGUCCUGGAGAGGCAGCGGCUGACACAGAGUGACCAGGAAGAGGAAGAGGACAUCAGGAUCACUGAGGCCAUGGCUGCACUCUGUCAAGAACUGUACUGUGGCACCAUGGAAACCUUCCAAAAGUUUCUGGACACUCUGUUCCUGAAGACGCUUCCAGAAGUGAGCAGUCUCGCUGUGGCAGAAUGUGAGGUCCUGCGGCAACAGGUCCAGGAGCAGGCAGCGAGACAGCUGGGGCAGGUGGACCGAUUUCGCAGACGGCAAUGGGAACUCCUUUGUGACCUCUUGGAACAGGACAGGCGGGUGUGGCUGGAGGCGUGUGCGCUGUCCACGGUGCUGCAGAGGCAGCUGCAGGAUCACCAGGAGAGCACCAUCCAUGAGGUCCUGAGCCGCUUCACUGGCCUCUCUGAAGAGUCCACACGAGGCAUCUUGCAGGGCCACCAGCUGCUGCUGUGCUCUGCUCUGCGAAGACUGGCCCUCCGAGGUACCACCAUCACUGCCCUGGCUCAGAUGAGACUGUCCGGGAAGAAGAGGCUCCUGCAGGAGCUGCGUGAGCAGCUGGCUCUGGAGCAGGGAGCGUCCCCAUGCCUGGAGGAACAUCAGUGGCAGCUGCUUAGAGCCCUGGAGGCACGGAUCCUGGAGGAGGCGGCCAGACUGGAAGAUGAGGCUCAGCAGACGGGCCUGCGACUCCAGCAGCAGCUGCUUGCAGAGGCACGGGAGGCAGGGCAGCUGCUGCAGUUGCACUCAGAGCGGUCCAUUGGACAGGCAUUGCUGGUUCACGCAAGGAAUGUGGCCAGCAAGGGCCGGACCAGGGACAAGGAAGACUUCAAGAGGACGCUAGUGGAGACAGUGGUGGAGAGCGUGUAUGUGACCAGCACCAGUGUCAGCCGCCUCAUGCAGGCGUAUUACCAGCGUGUCGGGAAGCUUCUGCAGGCCCACGAGGAGCAAGUGCUGCAGCACCUGAAGACCCUGCAGGGUGAGAGAAUCAACGCUUACAAGCUGUGGAAGAAGCAAGAAUUCAGUGACCCACUAUCAGGGAUCCAGACGGCACCACCGGGAAGCCAGGCAGUGCAGCCGGGAAGCCAGGCAGCAGAUUCCCUUGGAGCUACCCAGGCGGUGCAGCAGAGGAUGCUGUCACGGCAGAAGAAGUUCCUGGGUCAGUUCACACAGCACCAGCAGGGCCGCCUGAAUUCUCAAAAGCAGAAGGCACAAGAGCUCGACCAGCUCGAAGCCCAGCUUGAGACCCAGCUGCAGGAAGCUGAGCAGACCUUUAUCUCAGAGCUGGCAGCAUUGGCCCGGGUGCCCCUUACUGAAAACAAGCCAUUCUCCAACAAGCGAGGACUUCCAGAGAAGCCAGUAAGAACCAAAAGAAAGAAGCCCCCACAUCGGGAGAGAGAGGACCUAGGGCUGCCCAACAAUGAUCACCCUGCCUUGAUGGACCACGCCACAGGACCACUCAGCAGCAGAAGGCUGGGUCAGCAGGACAGCGAAGCUGGAGAUGGAGAGAACUCAAGGAAUAUGCUGCAGACAAGAAGCCAUCUAUAGCUGGAGCCCUGCUGAGAUGGACCUGAUGUGUACCCCACUGCAUCCAUGGCGGCAGCUGUGGGGCGCGGGGGCAGAAGCAGGAGGCCAGUCUUGAGAGAGGGGACGCCACCUGCCUUAGAAAGUGAAAAUGACAUGAAGUAGCACCAAGCACCUGGGAUGACUGGAGCUGGUGGAGACAUGCCUUGGAGAACCUCGGCUUCUGCCCUGGUACACUUUUCCUGAUUGCUUCCUCCCUCAGGGGGCCCUUACCCUUGGCCUCCAGCCUCACAGUGUCCCAGCACUACCCAGUAGCCCCUGAUUCCCAGCAUCUCCAUGAAGUCCUGCCUGUCAGGGUCUCACCAUCACUGGUGUUUUCUGAUCCUGAAGCCACUGUCUCGCCUCCGUUGCUCCACAGUCAUCUCCUGUCCCUGGCAGUGGCUGCCAGUGUCCCAGCCAGGACCAACUUUUGGCCUUGGUAUUUCUCUUUGGGCUCAGGUGGCCCUGGUACCUGGCCACUCAAGGAUGUCUGAGUUUCAGAGCCACUGUCCUUGGUACAGCCAUGGAGUUCUAAACCCACAGGCCUGUUCUGAACCACUUGGACCUUGAGGAUCACAUGUUCCUGUCAUGUGACACAAGAUCUCCUCCCUGGGCGUGGAGGGCAAGAAGGAGGCUCUCCCUACCCUCAGGCUUCACUUAGGAGGGAAACCUUACUCUUUCAGACCCGUGGAGACCCAGGCUUUCCUGUGCAUUGUAGGACAAUGGGCAGCAACCCUGGGCUCUAUCCAUUAGUGUCAACUGGACACAUCUAUUCAUCUCUGGUGUUUCUCAGCAACAGGUCAAUGUGUGCCUCCCUGGGGCAAGCCCAGCACUGCAAAGCCCCAUUUUACCAUCAAUUUCUAGAACAUACUGGCUUUUGUGAUUCAGUAGUCCCUCUCAGGAAUCUUCUGGACUUUCUGGGAAUUUUAGGUUCUUUUUUUCAUAGAAAAGCAAUUUAUUCCUAUAAGCACUUACACAGUUAGUCAUGGAGAGUAACAGGCCUGAUGGUGAGACAGGUCAACCAAACUGGAGAUGGCAUCAAACUACAGUGGUCAAGGGCUAACUCCUAAAAAAGCAACUCUUAUCAAGGAUUAAUUCCAUUUUAAAAACAAAUCAAACUAGCAAUACACUCUUCUCAACUUGACAGUUCACCAGUGGUAUUACUGUCAGUUAAAAACAUACAUCUUACAACUUGGUGGUUCCAAGUUCAAAAAACAAAACAGAAACAAAAAACCACACAACAAAACCAUUUCACAGAAAGGAAAAGAAUAAUACGGAAAUAGCUCAAGAAAUAUACUAAUCAGCAAAAAUAUGAGGGCAAGGAAGAACGUGUGGUCUUAACUAAAGAAACCAAGAGUCUGGUUUACACAGGAAAAUGUGCAUCCUGGAAAGCCAGAUGAGAGGACCUUAAAAUCUCCCCUAAUUCCUGAAUAAAAAUGACUCUUGCAAUAUGUA